GUCAGACAGUUACCGGGUGGCCACCACAGAGGACAAUAAAGAUGGAAAAUCCACUAACAAGGCUGCUGCAGCAAAAAGAGAAUUGGAUGAUCUCAAGAAAGAAGUAUCCAUGACAGAGCACAAAAUGUCAGUGGAAGAAGUGUGCCGAAAAUACAACACGGACUGUGUACAGGGGCUGACACUCAGUAAAGCAGCUGAGAUCCUGGCCAGAGAUGGUCCUAAUGCACUCACUCCACCACCCACCACACCUGAGUGGAUCAAGUUUUGUCGCCAGCUGUUCGGUGGAUUCUCCAUCCUGCUGUGGAUCGGCGCCAUUCUCUGCUUUCUGGCGUACGGUAUCUUAGCGGGUACAGAGGACGAACCAUCAAGGGACAAUCAAGCUUUAAUUAUCCGAGAAGGUGAGAAAAUGCAACUGAACGCUGAGGAAGUUGUGGUUGGUGACCUGGUGGAGAUCAAAGGUGGAGACCGCGUACCAGCCGAUCUCAGGAUCAUUUCUGCACAUGGUUGUAAAGUCGAUAAUUCUUCCUUGACUGGUGAAUCUGAGCCCCAGACCAGGUCCCCCGACUGCACUCAUGAUAACCCUCUUGAGACACGUAACAUCACUUUCUUCUCCACUAAUUGCGUAGAAGGUACAGCCCGUGGUGUGGUCGUUGCCACAGGGGACAGGACAGUGAUGGGCCGCAUUGCUACAUUGGCUUCGGGUCUAGAAGUCGGAAAGACCCCAAUAGCCAAGGAAAUUGAGCAUUUUAUCCAUCUGAUCACCGGUGUGGCAGUGUUCCUGGGAAUCAGCUUCUUCAUACUCUCUCUCGUUUUGGGGUACUCCUGGCUGGAGGCCGUCAUUUUCCUCAUCGGAAUUAUUGUGGCUAACGUACCAGAGGGGCUUCUGGCCACUGUCACUGUAUGUCUAACUUUGACCGCCAAACGCAUGGCUCGAAAGAACUGCCUGGUGAAAAACUUGGAAGCUGUGGAGACUCUGGGAUCGACAUCAACCAUUUGCUCAGACAAGACUGGAACCCUUACACAGAACCGGAUGACUGUGGCACAUAUGUGGUUUGACAACCAGAUCCAUGAGGCUGACACCACAGAGGACCAGUCAGGGACUUCAUUUGACAAGAGUUCGCUCACCUGGGUGGCCUUGGCUCGAAUUGCUUCCCUGUGUAAUCGUGCUGUCUUUAAAGCAGGCAAUGACAACAUUCCUGUACUGAAGAGGGAUGUAGCAGGGGACGCCUCUGAGUCCGCUCUUCUUAAAUGCAUCGAGUUGUCUUGUGGAUCAGUCAAAGCGAUGAGGGAAAAGUACAAGAAAGUAGCCGAGAUACCUUUCAACUCCACCAACAAAUAUCAGCUGUCCAUCCAUGAGACUGAAGACCCUAAUGAUAACCGCUACCUGCUUGUAAUGAAGGGGGCCCCUGAGAGGAUCCUGGAUGUCUGCUCCACCAUAAUAAUCCAGGGCAAAGAGCAGCCACUGGAUGAGGAGCUGAAAGAGGCAUUCCAGAAUGCGUACCUGGAGCUCGGAGGACUUGGGGAGAGAGUGCUGGGAUUCUGCCAUUAUUAUUUCCCAGAGGAACUGCAUCCCAAGGGCUUCGCUUUCGAUACUGAGGACCUUAAUUUCAGCACUGAGAACCUCUGCUUUGUAGGACUCAUGUCUAUGAUUGACCCACCCAGAGCAGCUGUACCUGAUGCAGUGGGCAAAUGCAGAAGUGCGGGGAUCAAGGUAAUCAUGGUGACCGGGGAUCAUCCAAUCACAGCCAAAGCUAUUGCCAAAGGUGUGGGCAUCAUCUCAGAGGGUAAUGAGACUGUGGAAGAUAUCGCAGCCAGACUCAACAUCCCAGUCUCCCAGGUCAAUCCCAGGGAUGCCAAGGCUUGUGUCAUCCAUGGUACAGACCUGAAGGACAUGAGCGCAGAGCACAUGGACGAGAUCCUGCAGAACCACACAGAGAUUGUCUUUGCCCGCACAUCCCCACAGCAGAAACUCAUCAUUGUGGAAGGAUGCCAGCGCCAGGGGGCUAUAGUGGCGGUCACUGGUGAUGGUGUCAAUGACUCCCCGGCUCUGAAGAAAGCCGACAUCGGGGUGGCGAUGGGAAUUGCAGGUUCUGAUGUCUCUAAACAAGCCGCUGAUAUGAUCUUGCUGGAUGAUAAUUUUGCUUCCAUUGUCACCGGUGUGGAGGAAGGUCGCCUGAUCUUUGAUAACCUGAAGAAGUCCAUCGCCUACACCCUGACCAGUAACAUUCCUGAGAUCACCCCCUUCCUGCUCUUCAUUAUGGCCAAUAUCCCUCUUCCUUUGGGCACCAUCACCAUCCUGUGCAUUGAUCUGGGCACUGACAUGGUGCCCGCCAUCUCCCUGGCCUAUGAAGCUGCUGAGAGCGACAUCAUGAAAAGGCAGCCAAGAAAUCCCCGUACAGACAAACUGGUGAAUGAACGACUGAUCAGCAUGGCAUACGGGCAGAUUGGUAUGAUCCAGGCUCUCGGCGGCUUCUUCUCCUACUUAGUCAUCCUUGCAGAGAAUGGGUUCUUGCCAUCACACUUGAUUGGUAUUCGUUUAAAUUGGGAUGACAGAACGGUUAAUGACUUGGAAGACAGCUAUGGCCAACAAUGGACAUACGAGCAGCGCAAGAUUGUGGAGUUCACAUGUCACACGGCCUUUUUCGUCAGUAUUGUGGUCGUCCAGUGGGCUGACGUCAUCAUCUGCAAAACCAGAAGAAACUCCGUGUUCCAGCAGGGCAUGAAGAAUAAGAUCCUCAUUUUUGGCCUGUUUGAAGAAACCGCCCUUGCAGCGUUCUUGUCUUACUGCCCCGGGAUGGACAUCGCACUGAGAAUGUACCCCUUAAAGCCCAGCUGGUGGUUCUGUGCCUUCCCAUACAGCUUCCUCAUCUUUAUAUAUGAUGAGAUCCGGAAACUUAUCCUUAGAAGACACCCAGGAGGAUGGGUAGAGAAAGAGUCGUAUUAUUAAAUCCCCAAGACAUGGAUCCUCUCCAACCCGUGAACCCCCCCCCCCCACCCCAACAAAGAAAAGCAACAGAAAAAACAAAAUGAACCCCGAAAACAAAACCAGCAACAACCACCCCCACCAGAAUCAAGAAGCGCAACGUCCGCUGUGAGCUCCCAGCCUUCUGUUCCAGACUCCACUUUGGUUCUGUUCCGCUCAUUUCUCCCCCGUUUCUGUACAAUUAUAAAUAUAUAUAUAUCUUAUAUAUAGUUAUAAAUAGCGGCGCUUUACGUUCAGCUUUAGGUUUCUGGUUUAGUUUUUUUUUAGUUUCUUUCCUUUUUAUUAUUUACUAUAGUAUUAUAAGGAGGGGGACAGAGGAUUUUAACAGUGAGGGGGAAGGGAUGGGAUUAACCCCUUCACUGCUGGCCACUCUGGUACUGGAGGAGCACAAAGUGGGACUUGGGAGGGGAAGGUGGAGUGAUAUCACAUUUAUGGGGGGGCUGCAAUAGAAACCCUAUUAACCUCAGUGCUGCCGAAUGCGUAUGAACGCAGCUCUGCCCCUAAGGUGCUGGUUCAUCAGCUCGGGGGUUAAUCCAGGGAUUUUUUAGGGCACCAGGACUGGUGUCUGGUUAGGAGCCGUAGGGUUUUAAGGGGCAUCAGUAGGUCCCUGUUAACCCCUAGACUUUCAAAGAGACCUGCAGAGCAUCGCUCUUACUGAAGUCUCAUUUGUGUAAUAAUUCCCCCUUCACUCAUCCACCCACCUACUAUUCCUCAUAUCUGAUAUGCUUCGUCUAUAUGCGAGUGACAGGUGCGUGUGACCGUCCGUGUAUUGGGAGGGGGUGAGAGGAGCGUGUAACCCUCCGUGUAUUGGGAGGGGGUGAGA